AUGGGGCCCCCGGGCAAUAGGGGAUCAUGGGGCCCCUGUGUCCUUGCCUAAACUCAAAAAAGCCUAUGAAAAAAAGGUACCAGGGGCAUCUUAUGGGGCCCCCUACUGACCCCGGGCCCUCGGGCAAAGGAGUGCCAGCUCACUCUAGGCUGGGGAUGCAGGCUGUGUCAGGUACCUCCAUCAGGGGCGGACUGACAACUCAUGGGGCCCCCGGGCAAUAGGGGAUCAUGGGGCCCCUGUGUCCUUGCCCAAACUCAAAAAAGACUAUAAAAAGGUACCAGGGGCAUCUUAUGGGGCCCCCUACUGACCCCGGGCCCUCGGGCAGUGCCCGAGUUUCCAAAUGGUCAGUCCACCCUGGUGCAUAGUCAAAGGUGCAUGUGACUUAAAACA